AUGAUUGAUUAGUAUUCAAUAAUAGUUGAACCAAAGUAUUAAGUAUCAAUAUGCAAGGAUAUUUUAAGAGACUUUUCAAAGAAGAGUGUUUUAGAACCUUAGGUAAAAUUUAUAAAGUAAAGCUUAAUCUAGCAAAUAGAAAAGAUAGAUGAAAAAUAAGAUGAAAGUAUUAACAUAUUGCGUAGAAUUUUUGAUAAGGAGUGUGAAAAAAUAAUUAACCUAGAGGAUUUUGCUCUUAAUUUUGCAGUUUAAGAGAAACUUGAAUAAAUAUGGUAGUAAUAGUCAACAAGAUUUAUUGAAUAAAUGAAGGAAAAUUACAAAAAUCGCUAAGAAGCAGAAUUUAAUUUGCUGAAUUUAUUAAAUUUUAUAUAUUUGAUUAUUAAAAGACAUAAUAGUUCAGGAUAGAGUUGCAAUUUCUUUUUGUAUCUAUGGAAAUAGACUCCUUUGUCUCCAUCAAUAUUUGACGUUUUUAUCUACUGUGAUGAUUGGGAGCUUUCUUAUAGAAUAAUUUAGAUUUUAUAAGACAUCAAAUUUGAAGAGGCUAUUAAAUUUUAGAUUAAACCCAGCAUAGUCUAGUAAAGUUUUGAGCAAUAAAUACAUAUGGGAUUUUAUUUAUUUACUAACAUAGUUAUAGCUAUGACUAGUUAAAAUCAUUUUCAUCAUAAAAAUCGCUAUAACAGUCUAGUCGAGUAUAAAUAUGAUGAAGUAAUUCUAUUUAAAAAAAGAGGGUCAUCUUCUUUUUUAGUCACAAAUUUGUAGAAUUUGAAUUUAGGAUAAGGAGAUAUAAUCUACAAAUUUGACAUUUCUUCUUAAAAUAAUGAGAAGAGAAAUCAGUCUUUAUGGGAUCAUUUUCUUUAGACAAUAGGCGAAUAAACGUACUUAGAGAGCAAUAAAAGUUAAAAGCAGAUUGAAAUUUUUGAAGCAUUUAUUGAAUUUAAAUAUGCUGUCCUCUGUAAAGAAAACUUUAAUCAAGCAGCUUAUUUCUAAAUAUUUUAUCGUAGAUUAGCAUCUUUUGCAUCUUCAAAUAAAUUGAGCAUUUUAAAAAAUUUCUGUCUCCAAUACAUGAAACGUGAAAUCCACUUCAAUUAUAUUUAAAGAUAAAACAUAUCCUAGUUUAGUCUUUAUUUAAUUAAAGAUAUAAUAUAAAAAUUGGAGAAAAAAGGUUGGAUAUACAGAAACGGUGAAGAAGUCCAACAGGAUGAGGUGUAAUAAUUAAAGAAAGAUUAGCUAUUUAGAUUAGCAUGGGACAUUAUAUUAUACGAGAAUGGGAAUAUACUGCACUAUUUAUAAGAACAAUACAAAAUAGAAAGCGAUUUAUUUGGGAAAAUUGAAGAUUUCAUUUUUCAAUAUUAUCUUAAUACUAAAAACAACGCAUUUAUUUAUACUUAUGAAGAUAUGCAAUUUCCUAAUGGUGCUAAUAUAGAUACUUCUAGUGGAUUUUUUUAGUUGUUCUUUUAACAGUUCAAGAAUUGCUAUGAAAAAAUUAUAUUUAGCAACGAUAAUUGCCCAGUAAAAAAAAAAUUACAUGAUUACGACAACUCUAUUACUGUGUGGUAGAUAUAAAUGCUAACAAAUGUUUUAAAUUAGCCAGAGACCUUUUAGGGAAAGCAAGGAAUAAUAAGCUAAAUUUAAUAUAAUGAGCUAAUUAGGAGAUACAAUGAUUAAUUUCGAAUCACAAUCACAGAUCUAUUCAAAGAUAUUUUUAUUAUGAUUCUUGAUCGAUGCUUAGACACUUAAAAUAAUAAUUAGUUAACUGAUAUUUUUAUUCAUAGAUUUGUCAUAAACUGUAGUAGCCUGAUUAGUGAUUAAAAAAAAUUAGAAAUAAUUUAGUUGAAGGGGGUUUAAUACUUUGAUUAAUUAUUUUAAUAAAUUUUAACUUGCAAAAAUCGUCAUGCUGCUUUUACUUUUCUUAUGCUUUUAGAGCACAGUAGUGAAGUGUUGCGCAAUUAAAUUAUUGAAUUUAUUGUUACUUCAAAGUAAACUCCUUUAUUUCAACCUGUUUUAAUAGAAGAAGAUAAACAAAAUCCUUAAAUGAAUAGCAGCUAAUCUUAGGAUAUUGAAGAAAAAUCUGAAAAAGAUCCAUAAGUUGAAUAAGAGGAUGUAGAAUAAAUAAGAAAAAAUAUAAUUUUGAGUGUCGCUGAAAGUUUAAUUAAGGAUUAUGGGUUUUGCUAUGAUAUUUUUAUGAAUUUAAGUAAAACAGAUCCUUUUAGCUUAAACUGUAAGUAAGAUCUUGAAAAAAAUAAUAAGAUUUAUAAUUUAUAUGUAAAAUACUAUCCUCAGAUUUACCUAAAUAAAGGUACAGUAAUGAUGCAUACCUAAUUCUUUAAUUAGCCAGGGAUUAAGCUUUAACUUAGAAAUUAGUUACUUAAAAGCGGAGUUUUAUAAGCAAUAGUUGAAAAAAUUGAAAUGGAUUAUGAGUUAGAAUUAAAUUAUUACAUUAAUAAUAUCAAAAAAGAGAAUUUAAUUUGCAAGUAAACUUAUAAAACUAUGCUGAAUGCUAAGUACACUUUCUUAAUACAUAAUACUAAAUAAUAUAUUGACACAACUAUGACUUUGUGUAAUAACAACGCAACACCCUCUGAAAAAAAGGAGAUUAAAGAAGAAAUAUUGAAGCAUUCAUUUCUUCUUCUAAGACUCCUUCUCUCUCUUAAUAAUCUUUUCACUUAUGGCCUGAGCACCUCUCUUUCCUAUCUGAGCAAUAUCAGAGUUACUGUGCUGAGGUUUGUCGAAAUAAUCACUUCGAAUACUUCUGAAGAUGUUGAUUUUAAUCCUUUACUUUAAAUAUUAUUCAGGGGCUUAGAAAAUUAAAAAUCAAAAAGCAAUUAAAGCUCAUCUUGCAUUUCCCUUGACAAAGUUGUUAACGAGUUUUCUUAUGGAAAUUAUAUGUUAAAUAAGCAAAGGAUUUAGUAGCUGUUUUAAAAUUUUACUUUGGUUUCUAACUUUUACUUUGAUCAAGAAGGUUUUUUGUCAAGAAUUUAGAAUUCAGCAGAAGCGUAGUUAGUAAAUGAAGCCAGAAAUAUAGAGACAAUAUCAUUCAUUCUUAAAAAAAUAAUAAAAUAGCUGAGCGAUUCUAGUAAAAAAUAGCUAAUCACAAAAUAUUUUCAAAGAUAUCAUUUAAAUAAUAUUAAUAACUGCUAUUAAAUAGCGGCUAGCGUUUAAAGAAAAUAUGUAAAAGAGCUUUUUAAGCUUAAACUUGAUGACAUACUAAUCUAGAGAAAUUUACAUUACUUUUUAGAAGAAAAUAGUAGAAAAUAAGCUUUGAUAAAUUUUAUAAAUGAUGAAGAGCAGCUAAAAAUUUUUUAUAAAAGAACUAAGUGCUUCUUAAAUGUAACAAGAUUUGGUCUAUCUAUUGACGUGCAUGGUGCAUGUGCUGAGUAAAUGCAAGCCUUUGUGUUUAUACGCGAUUCAAUAAUAUAAAGUUUUAAUUAUGUUUUUUUCGGCUCUGUUGAUGCGCCUAAAAUUUUUAAAAAGCAAAAAUAAACCCUUUAGUAAGAAUAGCAAAUUAAAUAGUAAAAAGAUGAUAAUUUUGCAAUUAAUAAUUCUUAAAGAAAUAAUAAAAAAAAUAGAAAUGGCAAUAAAUAAGAUAAAGGAAAGAAUGGAUUAAUCUUAUUUUUGAAAUCUAAAAGCACAACUUUUAAUUAAAAAAUAGUUAUAAAUUAAUUUGUUUGCAUGAAAUAUUUUAACCCUCUUCAAAAAAUGAUGCAUUUUCACUUAUAAUCACAAUUCAAUGCUAAAUCAAAAAAGAAAGUAUUAUAUAUUGAAAGCAAUUCAUUUAUUAACUCUAUUAUUCAUCUGUUUAAAAAUUCACUUUAUCAUAUUUAGUAAUGCAAAGAAGCUUUUGCUAAAAACUAAAGCCAAUAACCUAAUUUUAUAACUGGUGGUGCUGGAGGUGGAGGCUCAAGCAACAUUAAUAUUGGAUAUUUGGAUGUUAAUUUAUACUCUAAAAAAAGCUGUCUAGCUAUGAGCAGUUUUGUGCAGCUUAUUUUUUAAGAAUUCUCUGUAUUUUUAAUGCAUAGAUUUUCAGGCAGAGAUUAAUCAUAAGAAAAUGUACAAACUAAAAAAGAAAAACCAGAUGAAAAAACUCCUUUGCUUGAGGAUACCCGUUAAUUAGUAGAGUCUGUAGAAAAUGUCUUUUCAGGCUAAAGGAGGAAUAUUAACAAUAAUUAAUUAAUUUUUUAAGAUGAUAAUUAAUUCGAUGAUACAACACUAAGCUAAUUGUCAUCUGAGAGUAUGAUUGAUAUUUUUGAAGAAGAAAUUAGCACUCUUGGAGAAGAAGAUAUUAACUUAGAAGAAAUUAUUUAAAUAAACCAAGACAAUAAUUAACUAGAUUACUUUUCUAAAAGUUUUGAAAGUGAAUAGAGCAUUGAUGAUGAUGAUGAAUUUUUAGAAUCAGAAGAAAACAAUCCAAUUAAUAAAAACUCAAAUUAAGAAAAUUCAACUUAAAAUUCACCUGAAAAUUUAAAUUCAGAUUAAAAUAGUUUAAAUAGUCAAACCAUAAAUCAUGACUCUAAAAAUGUUGAUGUCAUAGAUUAAAUAUCAGCUGAGAGACCUAACUCUUAAAAUUAAAAUGACUAAGAAUAAUAAAUCUAGUAAGAUGCAUUAAAAAAUAUAAAUUAAUCAUAAAAAGAUGAUGACGCUGAAUAGAUUGAAUUAGAAGAGCAAAUUUAUGCAGAUAAGCUGGAGUACGAGAUUAAUUAAAAUAAAAAAUUUAGUCAAAAUGGUGAUUUUGAUUAAUUUUAAUAAAAAUAAGAAUAAUUUUAUUUGCAAGAUAAAAAUUAACAUAACAGUAAUUUAAUGGAGAAUGAAAAUUAAACAUUAAAAAAUUCAUUAGAAAUUAGUAAAGCAGAGCAUAUUAAGUAGAGAGAAACUUUGAAAAAAUAAAAAUAUGAAAUUUACUUUAUCAAAUUAAAAUAUUUGUUAUCAAUAAUUUUAAAUAAUUUGCAAUAAAUAGAAACUUGUGAUGUUUCAGCUAUAAUGAUCAAAAUUUAAGAAAAAUAAAUUGGACUUAAAAUAGACAGGUUAAAAGCAAUUUAAUUUUUUGAAAUUUUAUUUGACUCCAUAGAAUAGUUUGACUUAUAUGAAGCCAUUUCUUUUAAAUAAUUUAUGAAUAAUUUUUAUCAUCCCACUUUCAAAGAUGAUCUUAAAAUUGAUAGUAAGCAUGAAUAAAUAAAAGUUUAGGAUAACUAAAAAUCAGAAAAUAAAUCUAAUAGUCCAAGAAAAAAUCCAAAAGAAAGUGAAUGUUAAGUAGAAUUUUCAGAAUUACAAAAUGAAAUAGCAGAAUAAAUAAAUUAAAAUGAAAAAGCUACUAUUGCUUAAUAAAAAUCUAAUGAAAUUAUUGACCUAGAAAUAAAUAAAAAAUAGUAAGAAGAAGAUGAAAAAAAGAAAGAACAAUAGUUUGCCUCAAUAAUUUAAAAAAUUAAUGAAAAAAUUAAAAAAAAUAAGCUAAUGUUUCUUGAUAUCACUGUUCUUAAUUCUAAUUAAAGUGAGAAAAUUAUUUAAAACUGUAAAACUGUUUUAAAUUACAUUCAAGAUGAGUUGAUUCCAGAAAUUUAAAAUAUCAAUAAAACUAUUCAAGAAAAUAUAGAAUUUUUAAAAAGUAGUGAUUAAAAUUAGUAAUAAAGUAUUUAAAAUGCAAUCUAAGAUAGGAAAUGUAAAAUAAUCAACAUCAUAAUUACUCUCUCAGUCAUUUCAUAUUAUCUUUAGUUUUAAUUAAUCAAAGAGAGUGAAGAGAAGAAAAUAAAAUAAACUUUUAAAAUAAUGUCUCGAUCAAUUAGCAUAUUUCAAUAUUGCUAAGACCAGGUUAAUAGUGAAAACUUCUAUUUAAACGAGAGUGUUUAUUUGUAAAAUUAGUGUUAGAAAAAGAUUAGUUUAGUCCAAUAAAAUUUAGCUCAAAGAUUUAUGCAACUAAGCUUUUAAUUAAUCUUAGUACAAAGAGAAUAAAGCAUAAAAUUAUUUAUACAUUAUAAUAUUCUGCAAAUAGCUAGAGAUAUUAAAAUUUCUUAAGUUGAAGUUUUUAGAAAUAAUUUAUCUUUAGUUAUUUAUUCAAUAAUAUACGAAAUAUUUAAUACUCCAUACAAUUACUGCAAUAAUAUUGAAUUCUCUAUCAAAAACCAUAUUUUAACUUGUUCAAAAUCUAACUACCAAAAAUUUUAAUUUAGUGAAAAAUACGCUUAGCCUUUAGAUCUAAAUUCAUAUUACAACGAAGCAAAAUAACUAAUUAUGAAGGGUCCAAAAAAUUUUAUGAAGGCUUUUUAUCAAAUUAUGAGCUUUGACAAAUAAAAAAAGCAGAAGCUUAAAUGCUUAAUAAAGAAAAAAUACAGAAACAAAUGGUGUUAUCCAAUAAAAUUAGAUGAAAAUCAGUAAAAAGUAAUUUAUUAACUUUUUGAGAUUUGCCAAAAUAAUGAGAUGGAGGGAUAAAUUUAUGAAGGAAUGGCGAAAUAAUAAGAUACACUAGCUGGCUCAAAUAAUUAUUUAGUAGAUGAAAUCGAAACUAACUGUAUGAAUAACUUUUGCUUUGGUAAAAUUAUAUUGAACUUACUUCAAUAUUAUCCUUGCUUGGUGGAAUUUGGAUAAAAAAUACCUGAAUAUUAAAAAAUAUUAAUUGAUUUUAUGCUUUAAGAUUCUAUGGGAGCUACAAAAAGAUUGGUUAAACUGUAUUUCACAAUUUAUUCCCUUUACCACAAUAAUCUUAAUUUAAUUGAUGAUUAUUGGAAUUUAUACAUCAAUUAUAUAGACCAGUCAAUAUCUGAUUGGCUUGUCAGUACUAAAAAUUUACAGAAACUCUUUUAAUAAUUACACAUGAUUGAUUUAUUAUAAGAAACAUCAGCUCAUUUGAAGUUUGAAUAAGGAUUACAAUAUAUGAAACGUUUCCUUCAAAAUAUUUUAACUAAGUUAUGGGAUGGUAAAUAACUUUCAAACAAUUAGUGCCAAAAAUAGGAUGAUCUUUAUUACUUUUAAAAUUAUUUGAAUAUUCCUUCUCUUUUUGCAGUAUUCUAUAAGAACUAUCUGAAAAACUGCUUAUAUAACUUAGGGUUUGAUGACAUAUUUAAUUAAACAUAAAUAUACGAUUACUUGAAGGAGCUUAAAUAUUGCUUAUAAAUGACAUCUAUGCAAAAUUAUAUUCCUGCACUAAAUAAUAUAUUUAAAUAAUAAAAUAAUCAAAGCAACAAUAAUUCAACUUAAAACUUAAUAGAAAAAACAACAAAUUAAGUAUAAGAAUAAUAGGUAGAGUCUAAUAGAUAAGAUACUAAUUUGAACAAUCUCUCUAUUUCAUAAAUGGAUAAUAUCCAUCAAAUUAAUUUAGAUUAAAAUAGAAUAGAUGAAAUAUAGCUAGUCAGCUAAGAAUUUCCUUUUGCUCUUGAAGACCAAGAUAGAACAUAAGAAGCAUAGUAAGAAUAACUCAAUGAAUAAAUGCUAACUUGUUGUUAAUAAGAAAGUGAAGACUAAGAACCUAUUUCUAUGCAAUAAUAAAGUUCUUAAAAUAAUCUUUAAAAUGGCUUAGAUUCAUAAUCAAAUAAUAAAUUGUAAGAAUCUUUUAAUGAAUUUUCGAAGCAACAAUAAAUAAUAAAAAGAUAAGAUGAUGAAAAAGAAAAUUUAUAAAAAUGUGAUAUCAGUGAGUUAACUAAUAUGUAAUCUUCAUCAGAAAAUGAUUUGUUUGAAGGAUUAAAGGAAUUGCAGUACGGACUUAAAAUAGAUGGAGCAGCCAUUCCUACAAAUUAUGUGUUUUAAGUUGGAAUAAAAUAUUGUGGGAUUGUAGAAAAUAAAUUUUGCAAUUAAUAGUCUCUAAGUUAAUUUAUGGGAAGAGACAUAUAAGUAAUUAUUAACGACUCUUCUUAGUAUAUUAUGACUAAUACAUACUACAAAACUAAAUGGAAAAACUCUUACAAUUAAUUUCCUCUUUCUUAGUAAAAUUUGUAAGCUUCUUUAUAAAAAUAUUUCUAAAAAAUACCAACUGAAAAUACAAAGUUCAGCUUAUUGAAAGAAGUAAAUAAAAUAGCAUUAUUUAAAUACUAACAGAUUCAACUCAAAAUUUAGAACUAAAAAGGAAAAGAUUUCAUAGAAAAUAAACAACUAUUUAAAAUACUCUCGAAUAAAAGAAACAAUAACAAGUAAAUUCAUUCAGGAUUAGACAUUGACAAAAAUGAAUAAACAGCAAUUAAAAAACUAUUAGCUGAAGAGAAAAAAUAGAGUAUCUUAGAUGACUCUCCUAAAUCUAAUUCUCAAAGUAAAUAGCAAGCAAGCGAUAAAAAAUCUUCAUCUAAAUUUAAAUCAUAUGAGGCUUUCAAGGAUUAAGAGCUUAGCUCAGACGAAGAAGAAAAAGAAAAAGAAGAUGGAUUACUAACAGAAAUAUAUGAAAAUAAUAAAGAAAUAAUUAUUAAUUAUUACACUAAUAAGUUAGCCAAUGAUGAAUAGCAAAAAGAAUAAUUACAAGAAGUGAUAUAAAAACAUAUAUAAGAAGUUAAAAAAUUAUUGAGACCUGUAAAGGCUAGCGAAAUCCGCAACAAAAUAUUAACAGUAAUAGCUAAAUAUUUUUAUUACGAUGUUUCAUACAUUUGUUAGAGAAUUAAAGAAACCUUAGCAAACAAUUCUUUUACUUUUGUUAAAGAACUAUUUGAGUAUUUUGCUCCUUUCAAUAACGAUAUCUUCCUUUAAAAUGAAGUAACAUCUCUAUAAAAAGUGUCUGAAUCUAAUGCUUAGAUUGUCAAAACAUUUAUAACACUUUUUAAUUAACUAUUUCCUGGAUAGAACUUAUUAAAUGUUCUCCCUAUCAAAGACGAUUCAACAAACCAUUUAAAGAUUCUAAUAUAAGGAAAAGAAUACCCAUUUUUAUAAAAUAGAAACCCAUACACUAUAGAAAAAGCUUCAAAGAAUAAAUUUGAUAAAAAGAUUGCUGAUAUCAUAGUAGAUUAAACUAAAAAAAUUAAUUAAUACAAUUAAAAAGUUAAAUAAUAAUUGCAAUAAAACAAAACAAAAGUAGACACUUCUAUUAGCACUAAGCAACUUAUAAACUAAUUCCUUUCUCCGACCUCAAUAAAAGAAGAAGAUUCGUUGAUUAAUUAUCAAACUAUUAACAUUUAUUCAGUUAUGAAUAAUUAAAAAUCAGAAAUCAAACUUAGAAAAUCUUAUUUUGAUAUUAUUUUUGGUGAAUAAUUUUAAGAUUUGCUGAUUGAAUUUCCCAACUAAAUAAUCGAAGUAUCACUUACGAUGUAAGAAUAAUUAUGCUGUGAAGAAGAUUAUUUAGCUACUAUUUAAAGUAGUAGCGAUUAAUACGAGUUUCUUUUAAUAUUUUUCUAACAUCCUGAAAAUAGAAAAUAUUUAAUGAAAUAGAUGAAAUUAAAAAUGGAAAUUUUAUAAAAUAAUAAAUAAAAAUAAUUUGAAGAAAAUAAUUAAAACAAAUCUUCUGUAUAUAAUUUAUAAGAUUUAGGAGAAUAAAAUAAUUAACUCCAAUUUAAUUCCUAUUAGAGGAAAAACUACUCAUUUGAAGAAUUAAAAACAAUGUUAUAAAAUAGAUAUCUUUUGUUCUUAAAUUUACUUAUUAGUAAUAAUGAAGGUAUUUAUGAAUUAUUCUUAGACAGUGGCGAUGAUUUUAGCAUAUAAACUAAAGAAACUGAUAAUAUUUAAAGAUAUAAAGAGAACGAAUUUAUAUCAGUAGAUAGCAAAAUAAAUAGGAACUAUAAGGAUGAAAAAUAGUCUAGUAUGAUAUAAAAUUUUAUUAGAGAAAUGGGAAAAAGUGAAUACACAAUAAAAAGUAUUUAGCACUAAAAAACAAUUAAAAGUAACUAUAAAUUAUUUGUUACUUUUUACACUCUCUGGUUUGAUAGAAGUUUCUUAUAUUUUAAGGAGAGUUUUGAACCAUUUUUUGAUGAAUAAACUUUAAAAAAGAGAGAAUCCUCUAUAAAUAAAUUCAUAUUAAACUAAGAUUUCAUUAAAGUUUACACUGCUAUGCUUUUGAACGACUUAAACAGCACAAAUUACAAAGCUAAAAUAAAUUUCCAUAUUGAAAAGAUAAUGAUAAAUUUAAACAAAGAAAUAAUAUUUUCUCUAAUUAAGGAAAUAUCUAACGUAAUAGUAGAGUAGAUAGAACCUGUUGUAAAUAAACUCCUAGAGUGCAUAAAAAGGAUAUAUAAGUAAAUGAAAUCAGACUUAGGAAAUAAUCCCCAAAAUCUAGAAAAGAUAGACAAUAACGAUAGAGAUGUUUACUACAACUCCUUCUAAUAAUAAUCAAGCAAAUAUGUUGAUAAUCUUCACUCCAAAUGCGACAAGCAGUUUUAUUUAAUAAAAUAUAUGAAUAAUUUAUUUAAAAUUAUGAUUGAAUAAAAGGUUCAAUCAGAAUUUCCAGUUUAAUUUAAACAGUAAAUAAUUAAUAAUAUAUUUGAUUGCAAACCUAAACUAAAUGAGUUUAAUACUGAAGAAAGAAAAAUAUUUAAUGAUAUAUAGUAGCAUCUAACUCAUACUAAUGAAGAACCUAUAAUUGAUGAUAAUAUUUAAAGUAAUAAAUAAAUAAAUUAGGAGUAGAGUCAUCUAAAUGCCCCUCUACAAAAUGUUAUCUAAUUUUAGGAAUUUGAAAAUGAACCCAUUGACCUGCUUAAGAAAAAUAAUACCUUUAACAACUAAAUACUUAGUAAUAAAGAAUAUAUCUCUGCUGAUAACUAUUAUUAAAGACUUUUAGAGUGUCUUCGCAACUAUGAGGAAAGUAUCAAAGAAAAAUAUGAAGAAAUUUUACUUGACUCAGGUUGCUUCAAUUUGUAUUCUUAAAUUUUAAUAUUUUCAAAGUAUUAUAGUAUUUCAUUGCAAGCAGGUUUGAUAUAUAAUGAUAGGUAAAGCAAAUACUUUAGCAAUUAUUCUUACUUUAGUAAAUCGUAUCAAUCACUCUUCUAUUUAUAUAAAAUAAUUCAUUCAAACCAUUACUCACAAGUAGAUAGUAUCAUCAAAGGAAGUAAAGACUUAGACGAUGUCGAAGAAUGCUUUGAUUUUCCUUCAGAUAGUUCAAUAGAUUAAAACGAAUUUCUGCUAACUCUGUAAAGAUAAUCCUUAUCCAGAACAUCUGAUUUACCUAAAGAAGUAGAUUUAGCAGAUGAAGAGAGAAAAGAUAAAAACACUUAGCUGCAUCAUAAUUAUAAUUAUGCUGAUCACAUCUACCAGACUGUAUCCUCUGUUAGUCUUUAAGAAAAGGAAGAAAAUACAUCUUCUUUACUUCAAAAUCAUCAUUUAAAUAUUUAAAAUAAUUCAGAUAAAAAAGAAUAAUUUGGAAAUUAAGAACAUUAUAGCAAUAAACUAAUUAAAACAGCUCAUAACCUGGAAGAAGGAUUUGAUGAUGAGGACUUUCUUGGAUUAAAUUCAAUAUCUCUAUAGGAAUUAAAUUUGAGCAAUGCUGUAAGAUAUCAUGAGCUAUUUAAAUUUUUCAUUCGUUUAGAAAACGUGAUUUACUUUUGCAUCGUGAGGACACCUUAGGAUUUCGCUAAGAUUAUAACUUAACCUUUAAAAGAUAUUUAAAACCGUUAUUCUCUCCAUUUGAAAAAAAUGCUUAUUGUUAGUUAAACGAAAUUCAGAGUAAAAAAGAAUAUAAAUAAUAAUUAUACUUCAAACUCGUCGAUCACGAUUGACAGAACUAAAAUGGUAGAGGAGAGUAUUCCUGCUGUAAUGACUAUAAAAAGUGAAUAACUCUGCUUAAAUACUUUGUAUGUCAAAUGGAAAUAUGAAUCUGGUAUUGAUGAAGGUGGUCCUAGAAGAGAGUGGUUUAGCUUGAUUUUUAAUUAACUUCUUGACCCGAAUUUCGGAUUAUUUGUAUAAAGCAAAAAAAAUUACACUUAUAUGCCAAAUCCUUUUUCAUUUUUAGUUCCUGAUCACCUAAUCUACUUUAAAUUUUUGGGUAUAUUGCUAGGAAAAGCAUUUUUAGAGAACUAUCCUGUACAAGCAAAUUUUGCAAAGCCGUUCUUGAAAUUAUUUUUAAAGAAAAAGAUUGUAAUAUCUGAUAUAGAAGAAAUUGAUCCUGAGUUGUACAAGAAUUUGAAUUGGUUAUUGAAAAAUUAAAUUAAUGCUGAUGAAAUAGACAUAAAUUUUGCGUAUGACAAGUUUUAUGCAGGAUAAAAGUAUGAAAUUGAGUUGAAGAAAAAUGGUAGAAACAUGUAGGUUUGUAACUAAAACAAGAAAGAAUAUGUAAAGAGUAUUUGCCAUGCUAAAUUAAUCAGAGAAAUUUAUUAUUAAGCCCAUGCUAUAACUAGUGGUUUCAAAGAAAUUGUUUGCGAAGAUCUUCUUCAGAUUUUAGAUGAACAAAUGUUAUCUUUUAUAUUUAGUGGUAACCCAGAAAUUUCUAUUCCUGAACUUAAAGAGACUAUUCAGUUAUAAGGAUACACAAAAAAUGAUAAAUAAAUUAAAUGGCUCUUCGAAAUAUUAGAAUCCUUUAAUAAUUAUGAAAAAUCUUGUUUCAUUUUCUUCAUAACAGGAAGUAUGAAUUUACCUCAUGGAGGCUUUAAACAGUUCCCUAUUACAAUAACUCUAACACAAAAAGUAGAAAGGCUUCCUGUUUCUCAUACUUGUGCAAAUUCUAUUGAUCUUCCAAACUACCCUACAAAAGAAAGGCUUGAAGAUGCUCUGAGAAAAGCUUUAUUUGAAUGCCAAGGAUUUGAAUUAGCUUGA